UUUAGUGAACGCGUACACGUACUGCAACUCCGAGGUCGGGCCAGCACACGUUAUACGGGCAAGUGCAUGAUACAUGGCGGAUUGUUUUGAUUUGUUUCGACGUUUGCGAGCUGGUGCAGUUUUUGACAAGACUCGAUUUUGCGAGCACAUUAAUAUAGCUGAGGGACUUGCAGUAGGACAGAAAAGGGACAGAAAAGGGAAAACUCAAGACGAUAUAGAGAAAUCACUAGACUUUUUCAGCGAAAGGGUUUUAUCAGGCGCAAGUGAUGUGAAAACAGCAAAGACCAAUUCAAGGAAGAAGAGAGAUGUUGAGACAGUGGCUGCUGUCGAGUUAGAGAAACCGAAGGAAAUUGUAGCAGACAGAAGAGGCACAAAGAGAAAGACUAAUGAAAGUGUGACGAAAACAAGUAGAAAGAAUCGAAAAACACAUGACAAAGAGCAAGAGAAUGCUUGUUCUGAUAUGGAGUCACUACAGCAGAUGGAGGUGACUGAGCCAAAAAUAUUUUCCGAUAGUGUGGUUGCUCAGAGUGAGAACAAACUUGACAAAAAGAAAUCAAGACAGAAGAAAAGGAAAAUAACAGCGGAAAUGCAGAAGAAGCUGGAAAUGGCGAAUGCAUUUCGAAACGAGCAUCAUAUUUAUAUAAAGGGGGCUGAUGUUCCAGAGCCUAUCACUAGUUUUCAUCAGCUUCAAGACGUAUACUCAGUUCAAUCAUAUGUAUUGAAGAAUGUCAUUGAAUCUGGCUACUUUGAGCCAACACCAAUUCAGAUGCAAGCUAUACCAUUGAUGAUGCAUAAACGAGAGAUAUUGGGGUGUGCUCCUACUGGUUCUGGUAAAACUGCUGCAUUUCUUCUUCCUAUAUUUGUUCAUCUGAAGAAACCACAAAAACAAGGGUUUAGAGCACUGAUUGUGUCACCAACGAGAGAGCUGGCACAACAGAUAUAUCGUGAGAGUUGUCGUCUUGCUAAUGGGUCUGGCUUUCGCAUUCAUGUUCUAACGAAGGCUAAAGCAUCCGCCAACAACUUCAAUGAACAGUCAUCCCAACGAUUUGAUAUUCUCGUUUCAACUCCUAAUCGACUUGUACAUCUAUUGGAACAAGAUCCACCUGGUAUUUGUUUGUCACAAGUUGAAUGGCUAAUCUUAGAUGAAGCUGACAAAUUGUUUGAGGAUGGCAAAGAUGGUUUCAGAGAUCAGGUUGCUACAAUAUUUUCAGUGUGCGACAAGAUUGAUGUUUGUCGUGGCUUGUUCAGUGCCACAUUGUCUAAUGGCAUCGAGGAGUGGUGCCAUGCUCACCUGGAUAACCAUGUUCGUGUCAUUGUUGGACAAAGGUGCUUCGGUUGUCAUUCGGCAUUGUUUGUAUUAACUGUAUCUGUUUGCAGGAAUGCUGCAACUGAGACUGUGAAGCAGAGGCUGGUGUUUGUUGGAGAAGAAGGUGGCAAAUUGAUUGCAAUACGAGAUAUUAUACGCGAGGGGUUUCGACCUCCAAUGUUAGUGUUUGUACAAUCGAAAGAAAGAGCUAAAGAUCUAUUUCAUGAACUGAUCUAUGACGGUCUCAAUGUUGAUGUAAUUCAUGCCGAUCGUACUCAAGCACAGAGGGAUAAUGUUGUUCGCUGUUUUCGUGUUGGCAAGGUGUGGAUUCUCAUUUGCACUGAAUUAAUGGGCCGUGGUAUUGACUUCAAAGGUGUUAGUAUGGUUGUCAACUAUGACUUUCCUACAUCAGCAGUCAGCUACAUUCACAGAAUAGGUCGAACUGGCAGGGCUGGCCAUGUAGGUGAAGCAAUCACGUUUUUUACUAAAGAGGAUUUGGGGAAUCUUCGAAGUAUAGUGAACGUCAUGCGCAGCUCAGGAUGCGAAGUGCCACAGUGGAUGCUUGAAUUGAAAAAGCCUGGAAAGAAGAAGCGCAGACAGUUGGCAAAGAAGCCCGUUGAACGGCUCACAAUCAAAACGGCAUCCAAAUAUGACAUUCAGAUGGCGAAAAAGAAAAUGGAACUAAUUGCUGCAUCCAAACGUCGGAAAAAGGCAUUAAGUGCAUCUGUAUGUGACAAUUAGUAUAGGCUGGUUGGGAUAUCAAAUGAUGCGGAACAAUAGAGAAACAGGUAUCGAACGUA